ACAGAAACAGUCUCCGCCAGUCAAGAAACCCUCAAAAGUCUUUUGCCAUGGAUUUAGAAGAUGAAGAAAACAUGAGUUCCAGCAGCACCGACGUUAAGGAAAACCGUAAUCUGGACAACGUGCCCCCCAAGGACGGCGGCGGCGCCCCGGGGCCCGGUGGUGGCGAGGGCACACAGCUCUCCAACGGGGGUGGCGGCGGCAGCGGCGGCGGCAGGAAGCGGCUGCUGGAGGAGGGCAGCGGCGGCCACGCCAAGUUCCGCCUGAAGAAGAGGAGGAGGAUGCCGGGGCCCGUGCUCCCCAAGAACGCGCUCAUGCAGCUGAACGAGAUCAAGCCGGGCCUGCAGUACACGCUGCUGUCGCAGACGGGCCCGGUGCACGCGCCGCUCUUCGUCAUGUCGGUGGAGGUGAACGGGCAGGUGUUCGAGGGCUCCGGCCCCACCAAGAAAAAGGCCAAGCUCCACGCCGCCGAGAAGGCCUUGCGGUCGUUCGUGCAGUUCCCCAACGCGUCGGAGGCGCACCUGGCCAUGGGGAGGACCCUGUCUGUCAACACGGACUUCACGUCCGACCAGGCCGACUUCCCCGACGCGCUCUUCAACGGCUUCGAGACCCCCGACAAGGCGGAGCCGCCCUUCUACGUGGGCUCCAACGGGGACGACUCCUUCAGCUCCAGCGGGGACCUCAGCCUGUCGGCCUCGCCGGUGCCCGCCAGCCUCACCCAGCCGCCCCUGCCCGUCCCGCCGCCCUUCCCGCCGCCCAGCGGGAAGAACCCGGUGAUGAUCUUGAACGAGCUGCGCCCGGGACUGAAGUACGACUUCCUCUCCGAGAGCGGGGAGAGCCACGCCAAGAGCUUCGUCAUGUCUGUGGUCGUGGACGGGCAGUUCUUUGAGGGCUCGGGGAGGAACAAGAAGCUCGCCAAGGCCCGGGCCGCGCAGUCCGCCCUGGCCACCGUCUUUAACUUGCACUUGGACCAAACGCCGUCCCGCCAGCCCAUCCCCAGUGAGGGUCUGCAGUUGCACCUGCCACAGGUGCUGGCGGACGCCGUCUCGCGCCUGGUCCUGGGUAAGUUUGGCGACCUGACCGACAACUUCUCCUCCCCCCACGCUCGCAGAAAAGUGCUCGCCGGGGUCGUCAUGACGACAGGCACGGAUGUUAAAGACGCCAAGGUGAUAAGCAUUUCCACGGGAACGAAGUGCAUUAAUGGUGAAUACAUGAGCGAUCGUGGCCUUGCCCUAAACGACUGCCAUGCAGAGAUAAUAUCUCGAAGAUCCUUGCUCAGAUUUCUUUAUGCACAACUUGAGCUUUACGUAAAUAACAAAGAUGAUCAGAAAAGAUCCAUCUUUCAGAAAUCUGAGCGAGGAGGGUUUAAACUGAAGGAGAACGUCCAGUUUCACCUGUACAUCAGCACCUCUCCCUGUGGCGAUGCCAGAAUCUUCUCGCCACACGAGCCGAUACUGGAAGAACCAGCGGACAGACACCCGAACCGCAAAGCGAGAGGGCAGCUGCGGACCAAGAUCGAGUCCGGGGAGGGGACGAUCCCGGUGCGCUCCAACGCCAGCAUCCAGACGUGGGACGGGGUGCUGCAGGGCGAGAGGCUGCUCACCAUGUCCUGCAGCGACAAGAUCGCUCGCUGGAACGUGGUGGGCGUGCAGGGCUCGCUGCUCAGCAUCUUCGUGGAGCCCAUCUACUUCUCCAGCAUCAUCCUGGGCAGCCUGUACCACGGCGACCACCUGUCCCGGGCCAUGUACCAGCGCAUCUCCAACAUCGAGGACCUGCCGCCCCUCUACACCCUCAACAAGCCUCUGCUCAGCGGCAUCAGCAACGCGGAGGCGCGGCAGCCGGGCAAGGCGCCCAACUUCAGCGUGAACUGGACGGUGGGCGACUCGGCCAUCGAAGUCGUCAACGCCACCACGGGCAAGGACGAGCUGGGCCGCGCGUCCCGCCUCUGCAAGCACGCGAUGUUCUGCCGCUGGAUGCGCGUGUACAGCAAGGUCCCCUCGCACCUGCUGCGCUCCAAGGUCACCAAGCCCAACAUGUACCACGAGUGCAAGCUGGCGGCGCGGGAGUACCAGGCCGCCAAGGCACGCCUGUUCACGGCCUUCAUCAAGGCAGGGCUGGGCGCCUGGGUGGAGAAGCCCACGGAGCAGGACCAGUUCUCGCUCACGCCGUGACCGGGCGCCAUGGGGGGCCGGGGGGCUGCGUCGGCCCCCGGAGCCUCACGUCGGGACUGGGGGCGGCGGCACACGCCGGGGAGGGUGGGGGGCGUCCGGAGUCGUCCCCGGGUGUCUCACUGGCGCAGCUGGGGGAGGGCGUGGGGGGCGGGGCCGCGUCACCGCGCAGCAUCUCUCUGCCACCGCGUUCCCCUCCGAACUGCCCGGCGACCGCUUUCCAUCUCCGUUCACGUCUGGGAAUCGAGUUCUACUGAGUAGGGCUUCCUUAAGUUUAGGAAACUAGAAAUUACUCUGUGUGAAAUUCUUGAAUAAAUAAUUUAUUCAGAGCUAGGAAUGUGGUUUAUAAAAUAAGGAGUAAUUAAGUCAGGUCACUUUUAUGCCACGUUAUUUUAGUUGCAGAAGAGCGGCUGUAGCUGGAGGAGGUGAGGCGCAGAGGCAGGAGUAGCAGCCUGAGGAGGCCGUGUCACGCGUCGGAGCUUAGCGCCCGUUUCCCGUGGGCACUUCCGUGGUCGGUUUCCACGCCAGGCUUCACCGUGUCCCGGGAGCAGACUCCCAGCAUGACGCCGGCCGCCCCGUGGCACGCACGGGGUCCCGCAGUGCAGACCCAGCCCCUAUAGCCACAGCCUCCUCUAGAAGCUUCCGUACUCCUCGUAGGAUCGGAUGGUGGAAAAGUGUUGUUGGUUUACUUCUAAAUAAUCACAGAAAAAACACGCCAGUGACCCUGUGCCGGCCACUCACUCGGGGUUCUAGACAGUGCUCGGCCCCCGAGGGCUGGAAGGAAUUGGAAGGGCCACGAGGCCUCACGGGGGCCCAGGGUCCCUCUGCUGCUCCCUGGGCCUGAUGCGCACGGCCGCCCAGGGCGGGCCACGGGGCACUUGCAGGCGCAUCUAGGUAGACGGCCGUUCUUGGAAAAUGCCACGUCAGGAUGUUUUUAAAUUAUUCUUUCCAGCUUUAUCAAAGACCUGUUUGAAAAGUAAAGAGCUUCCAGGCCGAGAGCCAUGAGACUGCGGGUCACGGGCACAGCAGGGGCUGGACGUUGGCGGGGGGGUCCAGGACGGCCCCACAGCGGGAGCCAUGGGGGGUCAGGGGCACGUGGUCAGGUGUGGACACCGCAGCCAGGCCCAGAGAUCUGCACCAGUUGCCUUGUCACCCCCUCAGGGUGGGGGGCUGGGGGCUCUGCCGCUGGCGGGGCUCCACCCUCCGGCCUGGGGGUGCUGAGGGCCAUCCCAGGGCCGUGGGCAGGGAUGGUGCAGGGCCCACCCCACGGCGCGCCUGUCCCGAGAGGGACCGAGCUGUAUUCCUGGACGCUUUGUGUCCUUUGUGGGUUUAGGAAGCCAGGAGCAGAAAGCGGCCUUCAUUCCCGCCUGCCCCCGGGGCCGGGCCUUGGGGGGCCGUGCGUGUGCACCAGAGGCAAGUGCCACGCCACGGGCCAUGGCACCGCAAGGCUGGUUCCGUGUGGCAGGAAGGGGUGCUCGUUGUUGGGGACUCAACCAGGUUCCAGGGAGGGGACAUCAGCCUCCCGCCAGCCUUCUCCUGCUGGCCGUCGGAGCAGGGGUCUUGCUUGGGCGGAACGUGCGAGUUUUCUCUGCACCUGCAGAGGAGAGGUGUCUGGGGUGCCGCCCCCUUCCCCAGAGCAGGCUCUCGAACACUCUAGACAAACAUCCCAUGAGUCCGUGCGUUUUUACUCUUGUCUCUAUAAAGUGUAUUUUUUCUAAUGGGAAUUGGGAGAUAGACUUAGUUUUUAAAAAAAAUAUAUGGGUUUUGGUUACACAGAACGGUGGGAAUACAUUCCACGUAUGUUUGAGGCUGUCCGUGUGUCUGGCUGAACUGGGCAUGACUGUGCCCCUCGCCCCCAGCCCACCCCAGGUGAGCUGCAGUCUGGGCACGCACAGUGGGUCCAGCCCUGCGCCCUGGCGGGAGCACCCGCAGAGGUUCAGUUCAGGGAGCCUCGGCAGGGCGGGGCGGGGCGGGGCGGGGGAGCCGGCAGGCGGGAAGCAGCAGCUCCGUGAGCCGCUCCCUGACUCUGACCGGGGCUGGCGCGCCCGGGGCGGCUGGGAAGGAGCGAAGGUGAGCGGACCCCGUGAGGCAGCUCAGGGACUCGGCUUCCAAAUGCCCUGAGCACGCAGGAGCCUCCGUUACACUGGGACAGUGUCAGGAGGUGUCACUUUGCACCCAGGUCCUUGGUCUGAAUCUUAGAGAACGGAAAGUUUGACACAACCAGGAACUUUCUGAUAAAAAUCCUGCAAUCUGAGUACAGUUUGACAGGUAGGGGACGGGGGGUUUCUGUUUUGUUGUCAGCUAGACCUGCAGCAUGAAUUCCGUGGUGCCCGGGGACCACUCAGGUGCGGCUGUGCUGGGGCCGCAGCCCGCGCGGGUAGGUGGCGCUGUCAGGGAGUCUCGGGUGGGCAUGUUCUGCGACACGAGCCGGGCUCUUCCUAGGGGGACGGUCGUGGGGGGCUGGGGGGGCUGCCACCACCCGAGGCCCCCGUCACCUGCUCACAGCAUCAGGGUGCACCUCUCCCAGCAAGGGGUGCCAAAGACGCAGUUUUCAUUCGGAGUCUUAACCUCUCAUCAUCUUUUCCUGUUUUGGAGGGUUUUUUUGGUAUUUUAAAACAAUUAUUUUUAAACGUGCGAGCCAACAUCUCACACGGCAUUGAUGUCUCUGGUUCGUUUCUGUGCAGCUGAUUUCACGAGUCCCCAGGCUGCAGAGUAGCUGCUUCCUUUGUGGAGACGGCACUCCUCCCCGUCAUUGCAAAGCGCCACGCCCAGGCGGGGCGGCUGUCUGUCCCCAAGGUGGGUGCAGAUCUGAGGACGGAGCCUCCUGCGUCCCUGGGGGACCACACGCCCCUACCCCUUUUCUCAAACAAGUGAAUAAAUAAACGCAGCACAGGUGGGUCAUUUCACUUCCAAAAUAUUGUAUGCUGGAAACCCAAGGUCCGUCCCAGUCAGAAUUUUGCUCCAGCAAGGUGAAGACAAUUGGCUGACUUCCCCAUCCCGGAAUUCUGUGACAUUGUAGGAUCUCUCGAAAGAUUCCUUCGUCUCGACCCCAAACUAUGUAAACGGAAAGGGCAGAGGAUUUGUGUUCAGGGUGUGUCCAGUUAUGUAUGUCCUUGUCCCCAACACGUCGUGUGACAAUCUCCGUGAGUGUGAGGUGGCAGGUGGGUGGCUCGGCGGGCACUGGCCACGCGAGUUCUGGGGCUUGGGUGAUGCCGGGGCUGGAGCACGAAGUUAGGGAAGUGUCUGACCCGCCCGCCGGGGACGGGUCAGGGUCAGGGUGAGGGUUAAGCGGACGGUGGGUCUGACUGGCUGAGGGCCCCGGUGAGAUGCCCCCGCCGCCCGCGGCGCCCUUCCCCGUGUGCUGUUCACGGGCCCAGCCGAGAGCGCCGGCUUUGGCCACGGCCGAUGCCGCUGGCAUGUAGGGAACUGGUGGCCGCUGUAGACGCGGACCCCAAUGACUAAAGCACAGUCCACAGAAUGCUAGUGAGUGAGUCCCCAAAGCUAUUUGCUUUUCCGGGCUUUGGGCUAUGUGCUUUUAAUUUUUAAUUUUAGAAUCCGGACACUUCAUAUGAAUGUAACUCAGCCAAGAGUUGCUCAGAUCCCAUCUCCUGUGUUCUGUGUGUAUCCGUGUACAUAGCACACGCCACGCCGCACCCCAGCAUGAGACGCUGUCCUGUGCAGACAAAGGGUUUGAGAUGUUCUCAAUAAAACUACCUUUCACUAC